UUAUUGUGUUGUCAGUCUACUUGCGUGUGAGCGAGAGAGAGAGAGAGAGAAAGAGGGAGAUGGAAUCCCCUUGUGCUUCUACGUGUCUAUGUAGAAUCUGCUACGAAGAGGAGGAACGGAGCUCCACGAGUAUGGAAUCCCCCUGUGCUUGUUCUGGAACUGUAAAGUUUGCUCACAGAGAAUGCAUUCAGAGGUGGUGCGAUGAGAAAGGAAGCAACGUUUGUGAGAUUUGCCUUCAGAUAUUUAAACCAGGCUAUACUGUUCCUGAGAAGAAGUCCUUGGUGAAUGUGGUGGUCAUCAGCGUUUGUAGAUCUAUGAGGUGGAUGUGUUACCCUGUUCUUCCAGUAUCAGGAAGCAUGGAGGUUGACAGGAUAGAUUUUGAUCCAGAAAACCCAGCAUUAAUCAAUGUAGCUGAUUAUGCAGUAGGAUCAGAUUACGACGUGUUCCCCUGGAUCUAAUAGAAGACUGCCACUCACCAUAACAUGUUUGCCUGUCACGGUGAUGGACAGACUCCUGUAGAUGCUGAUGGAAAUAAAAAGCAUUACGAUGAGUAUCAGGGAAACAUGUGAUCGUCAUUUGUCAUGAUUUGUCUAGACCAUGUGAACUCUUUGUAUAUAUCAUAUGGUCUCUAUGUUUUGAGCAAUAAUAUUUGCAUGAUAUGAGAAUGUAACUCGUUACACUCAAGUAUUGUUUACUUGUGAGAUGUUUCAUUUGUGUGAGUA